GUAUGAACAGUAACAACCUUUGUGACGUUCUGGGGGAGAUAUAACGCUCAAUUCGAGUCCUAUAGGAUAUUACAAACGCCAAGUUCACCAUGGCGGACAAAGGCGAGUCGGUGAAAGUUGCCGUCCGAGUUCGUCCAUUCAACCAGAGGGAAAAUGACCGUGCCGCAAAAUGUAUUAUUGAAAUGCAAGGAACCUCGACCAAAAUAACGAAUCCAGACACGAAGGAGACUAAAACGUUCUCUUUUGAUUACUCAUACUGGUCACAUGAUGGAUUCACUGAGUCAGCAGAUGGUAUUUUAGAAGGUAAACCAGGAAGUAAAUAUGCAUCUCAACAAAUUGUAUUUGAUGACCUUGGACAAGGCGUAUUAGAUAAUGCAUUUAAAGGUAUGUAG